GGCGAUUCUGCUUCCCUGCGUAGUUGAGAAGAGAUGAAAUGGCUGGGGAGCCAUCUCGAUGGUUUCGGGGCUUGGGGGCUUUGAUUCGGGGGGAUCAAGGAAGCCCCGACUUCCGCUAACCUAGGAUCCACGUUCCUUCUGUGGGGGAUUGAGCCAGAGCAACCAAAAAGGUCGGGGGAGGGGAAUGUUGUUUGUUUGCUUCCUCGAAGAGUAAAUGCCGUUUACUUCCCCGAAGUUAGGUAACGCAGAUGCGCUGUAGAGUAAGGCGCGGGGCGGGGGAGUGAUUGGGGAGGAAGGACUGAGGCGCACCAGACUUUUUGGAGGAAAAACAGGUCUCGAUUUUUGUAAUUUUACCGCCUUCAAAGUGGCUUGGAGGGAUUCAGGCUGUUUAGACAAGCUGAGGAACCCGUUAGGCUCUCGCGGAGCGGCGGGUUGUUCCAGGAAGGCCCUGGCGUUUCCCUCGUCCCCUUGAACCCGCGGAAGUCUUGUUUGAGGUACGGUAUUAAAGGAGCAUCGGUGGGGAGAGGGCCCUGCGCCUCUGCGUCUUCCCUGGAAGCCACGGCACCCCUACUUCGUCAAGAUGGAACUGAGGUCUGAGAUGACCAACGUACCCCCGGCGCCCUCUGCGGUGCCCCCUAGUUCAGUGGCGGCGGCAGCGGCGGCGGCAGCAGCGGCUAGCCUGCCGGUGAGCGUAGCCGGGAGCCUUCUGCGAGGCCCACCGUUACUUCUGCGAGCUGCCGAGAAGUAUCCGCGCACCCCCAAGUGCGCUCGCUGCCGCAACCACGGCGUGGUGUCGGCGCUCAAGGGCCACAAGCGCUACUGCCGCUGGAAGGACUGCCUGUGCGCCAAGUGCACGCUGAUCGCCGAGCGGCAACGCGUCAUGGCCGCCCAGGUGGCGCUGCGGCGGCAGCAGGCUCAGGAGGAGAACGAGGCCCGCGAGCUGCAGUUGCUCUAUGGCACGGCCGAGGGGCUGGCCCUGGCCGCGGCCAACGGCAUCAUCCCGCCGCGGCCCGCCUACGAAGUCUUCGGCUCCGUGUGCAGCGCCGAUGGAGGCUCGGGGGCUUCAGAAAUCAAGAUGCAGAAAUUUGACUUGUUCCCCAAGACGCUUCUCACCAACCGCUCCGUGACCCCUCAACAGAACAAGCCUUUAUCGCCGGAUGGGACGGACGGCGCGCCAGGCACUUCAUCCCCGGAGCCUCCCCGUCACGGCUGUGGCUCCGGCUCGGAGAACGGCGACGGCGAGUCCUCCGUCAGCUCGCCAGUCUCCAAAGGCGCCAAAGAGGGCAGCGGGGGCGGCGGAGCCGAGGAGGAGAGCACAGGCUCCGUCAGUCCACUGGGCUCCGACUCGGGUUGCUCUGAGGCAGAACGGGACGAAGCAGGCGCUCCCUCGCCUGGUCUGGCCGUUGCUGCCGCGGCCGCCGUGGCGGGGAGCAGCCGGCAGCAGCGGACGCCGUUGGACAUCCUGACGCGCGUGUUUCCCGCGCACAAACGCAGCGUGCUGGAGCUGGUCUUGGCCGGCUGCGGUGGGGACGUGGUGCAGGCUAUUGAGCAGAUCCUCAACAACCACCAUCACCACCACCACCGGGGAGCAGGCGGCAGUUCAGGCCAAGCACUUUCGGCCGCCUCUGGACUCAGCUCGGUCGGGUCGGACAAGGCGGGCGACGAAACCUGGGUGCGGGCUGCUGGAGACGCGCCGGGGACCUUGGCUGGCCUGCAGCCUUCGUCGGCUGGCGGCACCUCGCAUCACCGCCCUCUUUUGGCCGGCGCCAUGACCCCGGCCAUCGGCGCGCUGGGCAGCCGCUCCGCCUUCUCGCCUCUGCAGCCCAACGCGACCCAUUUCGGGGCGGCGGCUGAGGCCGGCGCCUACCCCUUAGGCACGCACUUGAGCUUGAGCCCGCUGCGCCUGGCUUACUCAGCCGCAGCGGCGCACAGUCGCGGCCUGGCCUUCAUGACCCCUUACUCCACGGCGGGGCUAAUGCCCACGCUGGGCUUCCGGCCGCCUAUGGAGUACGCCUUCAGCGACCUCAUGCGGGACAGAUCAGCCGCGGCGGCGGCGGCCGCGGCAGCUGCCGCCGCCGCCAGCGUGCACAAGGAGCAGGCGUACCCAAACGGCCUUUACGGGCCUUUGGUGAAUAGCGCCCCAGACAAACAGUAGGCCUCAAAGCCGGGGACUGGAUUUUCUAUGUACAUAUAUAUGCAUAGAGAGAUAGAAAUAUAUACGAUAUAAACCUGUGCCCAAACGUACAUCCGAGAGGUGCGGAAAGGCAGCCGGGGCAGCGAAUUCUCGGAAGGCGGCGGGGGAGCGACCUGGCCUAAACCGAGGGCUCGAUUCCCCGCCGGUAUCGCAGCGGGGUCUUAAACGCCGCUUACCCUCAGAUAUAGAAACGCGCCAGUUAGAAGUAAGUUUCCUGGAAAGGGAAGCAGCGGAAUAGUCUUAAGUUGGAGCCGAGGUGGUGUUGGUGUUAGGGGAGCUACAGCACUUUUCGCGGAGCAAGCGAGGAGGAGGAGAAGGUGCAGUCUUGUCGGCAGCCGAGCGAAGGGGACCUAUUGCCAGUGAUUUAAGGCGAGGCAGAAUUUUGCAAAAAUGUUAUAGCCCGAGAUGUGUAACGUGUCUAUGGGCAGCACUGUUGCCGAAUUCUUCUGUCGGUUUCUGUGAGUAACAAUGGGAAAUCACCUUGUCCCUCACCCGGUCUUGGUUUCGCCUGACUUUUAGGUGAUCCGGGUUUCAUUUCACUUUUAUUUGUUGCAAACACAAGUGGUCAAAUGCGUGGAACUUGGCGAACCUCUAAGUGUGUUGAUUAAACAAAACGAGUAAAAAUGUCUUUUUACUGUUAAAGUUGUCCCUCAUUAUUAUAUUUUGCAUAUAGCUGUAAACAUGGAUAUUCCCCUCGGGUCGCAUCCAUACUUCUAUCUGUAUACCCGCCAGUGUAUAGCAAAAUGUU